AUGGAAAUAGCCCUAUUCUCGCGCGAGGAAAGUGACAUCGAUUUACCACCAGGUGGCAGACUGCCUGAUCUAGAGUAUGCAGACGACACUGUGCUACUAAGUGAAGAUGCAGGUGAAACGCCAUUGGCUGAGUACGAUAUUGCAGGUUGGUUGGUUGAUGACCGUCACGAACAUCGCUCAACGACCAAGUGA